AUGUCUCGCUCAAAUAAAGCUAUCUACAUGCUUGCAAAUGGCAAACAUGAACUCCGAACAAUCGAAGAGCCGUAUGUCCCACAGAAGGCACAGUCUCUUGUAGAAGUGCAGUACUCGGCAAUCAACCCAGCUGAUACUCGCCAUUCAUACAUGAACAUGUCAGAAUACGUCGCUGGCUACGAGUACACCGGCAUAGUUCGCGGAGUUGGGCCCGAAUCUCCCUUCAAAGUUGGCCAGGAAAUCUUUGGCCAAUCGUUGCCGUAUGAUCAUCGACCUAAUUACCUUGGCGCGCAUCAAAGUUUCCUUUUAGCAGAACCUCUGAUGGCUUUCGAGAGGCCUGCGCAUCUUGAUCCCAUCACCGCAGUAACACUUGUCGUGGGCAGUGCAACGACCUUCGAUGCUCUUUUCAAUGUCGCAGGAUAUGGUUUCCCGCUCGCUAGCAUCACUGGCGACGACCCAAAGAACGAGCCGAUUCUUAUCUGGGGCGGUGCUGGAGCUGUUGGCCAGGCCGCUAUCCAGAUUGCCAAGGCAGCGGGUUUCAGCCCCAUUAUCACGACGGCCUCACCUCAGAAUCAUGAAGCUUUGAAGAGGCUUGGUGCGGAUGAGGUCUUUGACUACCGAAGCGCAACUGUCGUGAAGGAUAUACGUGCAUACCUGGAAAGAUCUGGCAAGUCACUAAAGACUGUUUUCGACACAGUUUGUGCUGGUCUCGGUGUCUUUGAAGGUCUUUCGCCGGAAGAAGAAAAGGCCUUGGAGGAUAAAUACGACCAAAGCUCGCCAAGUCUUUCUCGCCGUUGCUGUGACCCCAAGGUAUCCGCAGAAGAGCUCCGUCUGGUAUCAACUCUCCUCGUGAAGAAGGAUCCAGCGUGGAAGUUUACUUUGAGCGUCAGAGUUGUUGAGCAAGUUGACUUUGCAGUUGAUGCUCAAGAUCGAAGCGAUGAGGAGAGGAAGAGGGAGGAGAAUAGGAUCAUCGAGUGGCAGAAACGCAUCGAAAGAGGUAUGCAUUGGCUGGCUGAGAACCAUGAACAGUAUUGGGAGGCGCCGAGGUUUAGGAUCCUGAAGGGGGUGGAGGAGGGGCUUCAAGGUAUCCGCGAUGUUUGGAAUGGGAAAGUGAGCCGCGAGAAGCUUGUUAUUGAUCACAGGGUUUGA